AUGCAGCAGGAAGAGAACCAAAGCUUGAGUCCAACCACAACGGCUAGCUGGACAGACAGCGAAGACUCGCGCACAGCAUCCACCGCCUCACUGGUGCAGCAGCAGCUGAAGAGUACGCCUCUAAGAUCGGGCUCUCGCGUGGGUCCGGGUCUGCUGCUCUUUCCGGGCACAGCCCUGCGAGCCGAUCAACGGCGGGCAGCCAAAGAGCGCCAGCUGGAAAAGUCAGUCUCGAAUGCUAAUGGAGAGCAAGAUGCAUCGCUCAAUCGCCGCAAGCCGAAUAGCAUACGCAGCUUUCGCCGACCGCCGCUCUGGCAGCCACCGGCCAUCAAAGCGGAGGCGGAGGAACCGCUUAAAGAGGAGCAGCAGGUGGCUCCACUGCCAUAUCUGGCCAAGCUGCAGGCUUUCAUCAUAGAAUUUCUUCAAGGAUCCUCGAUACACGGCUUCAUCUAUUUGGCCAAGUUCGGUUUGAAUUUCCUGGAACGCAUGCUUUGGUUUGCCUUCAUCUGCGUGGCAUUGUUCAGCAUCAUCUCGCUGAGCCAACGCACUUGGCAACGUUUCCAGACCUCGCCCAUGGUCAUCUCAAUGGAUCGCAAUAAGCUGGUGUGGAACACCAGCUUCCCAUCGCUCACCGUGUGUCCGCACAAGCGCAUCGAUGACAUCAAGCUGGAGGAUUACAUAGAGGCCCACAGCGAGAAGUUCGAGGACGAGGAUGAUAAGGAGUUCUUCCGGGAUUUUAUUAUCAAACUUGCGAGUCUCACAUACGACAACUUGGAAACUCUGCCAUUGAACAAGUCGUACGGCAUCGACAGCAGCGACUAUUUGAGCUUGCUCUAUGAGCUGAAAUGGCCCUUCGAGCCGGAAAUCAGCAGCGGCGCCGCUGUCAAAAUGUUCAUCUAUGAGACGCAAACGGAGUUUGGCAUUUGCCACUCCGUCAACUCACUUGUGGCACGCUACAAUACCUACAAAUAUUGGCGCUCUGGCGAUUGGAGCCUUUUGGAUCAUGGCGAUCGUGUGACAGUUCAUCCACUCGAUGGCGAGAUCUAUGCACAGAUCAUCAAUCUAUCGACUGCCUACGAUGUUUACUUUCACGGCGCUGGCGAUGUGCCGAGCAUAUCGAAGCAGCGUUACACCUUUCCCGAGAGCGACUAUACAACGGUGGAGCUGAUCGCGCUGGAGAUCUACACGAACGAGGAUGCCAGAGCCUUCAACACCAAGCAACGCAAAUGCCGCUUUCAGUAUGAGGCCGAUGAGAUGCAAACGGUGCCCAUUUACAGCUUUGGCCUGUGCCUCUCCGAGUGCCGCAUGUUCUUUGCUCUGCGCGUCUGCGGCUGCGUGCCGCACUUUUAUCGCAAUAUAUUGCGCAAUGGCCGCCGCUUGCCAAUAUGCGGUUUGGAGGGCAUCGGCUGCUUGGUCAAAAUUAAACGCGAAAUAAUCUCCCUAAAAUCGGAUAAAUACAAAAUCAAUUGCAAUUGCUUGUCCAACUGUGAUGAUUCCAACUUCUUUGUGCAGUCUUAUAGGUCCCGCGUCUGGUUUCUGGGCGCUAAUCUACAAUGGGGCAUUAUUGAUUACCCGAAAAUGCAGCUACGUCGGGAUGUUCUCUUCUCCUUUGCUGAUGUUUUGGUUUAUAUUGGCGGCUUGGUUGGCUUCUUCUUGGGCUGCAGCGCCUUGAGCUUUACGGAAAUUAUUUACUUUUUUACAGCCCGUUUGGUGCGUCGCAUGUUUUGCAAUUGA